AUGCCCGCCUGCGGAGGCGCGCUCCCCCUGGCUGCCUUCACGCUCGCCUUCUGGGGCAUCUGCUCCCCAGUGUGCGUGGAGGUGCCCUCGGAGACGGAGGCCGUCCAGGGCAACGCCAUGAAGCUGCGCUGCAUCUCCUGCAUGAAGAGGGAGGAGGUGGAGGCCACCACGGUGGUGGAAUGGUUCUACAGGCCCGAGGGCGGUAAAGAUUUCCUUAUCUAUGAGUAUCGGAACGGCCACCAGGAGGUGGAGAGCCCCUUCCAGGGGCGCCUGCAGUGGGACGGCAGCAAGGACCUGCAGGACGUGUCCAUCACGGUGCUCAACGUCACCCUCAACGACUCUGGUCUCUACACCUGCAACGUGUCCCGGGAGUUUGAGUUCGAGGCGCACCGCCCCUUCGUGAAGACCACGCGGCUGAUCCCCCUCCGCGUCACCGAGGAGGCUGGAGAGGACUUCACCUCUGUCGUCUCAGAGAUCAUGAUGUACAUCCUCCUGGUCUUCCUCACGCUGUGGCUGCUCAUUGAGAUGAUCUACUGCUACCGGAAGGUCUCCAAGGCUGAGGAGGCCGCCCAAGAGAACGCGUCCGACUACCUUGCCAUCCCAUCAGAGAACAAGGAGAACUCGGUGGUGCCAGUAGAGGAAUAG